AUGGCGUCUCCUAGCGUCAAGCGAAAAUCUGAGCAUGUCUCUGCACCGGACGCAAAAAAGCCCAAAGGUGGAAGCAUCACCGCAUUCUUUGGAGCUCCCCAGCCUAAGCCCGUCAACACAGAGUCAGGACGUACCGCAACCCCACGACCAAGCAACUUCAAUAAGGAGAAAUGGGUGGCUUCCUUGACACCAGAACAGAAGGAGCUGCUCCAAUUAGAAAUCGAUACUCUGGACGAGAGCUGGCUAGCUCAUCUGAAGGACGAAGUGGUGACCACCGAUUUUUUGAAUUUGAAACGAUUUUUGAAGAAGGAAAAAGACACCAAUGUCAAGGUCUUUCCACCUGAGGAGGAUGUCUACUCCUGGUCCCGACACACACCUUUGCACAGCGUUAAAGUGGUCAUCAUCGGCCAAGAUCCCUACCACAAUCACAACCAAGCUCAUGGGCUGUGCUUCUCUGUCCGUGCUCCCGUACGAGCCCCACCAUCAUUGGUCAACAUCUACAAGGGCAUCAAGGUCGAUUAUCCCGAUUUCGAGGCGCCACCCGAUAAGGGAGGACUACUGAUCCCUUGGGCUGAGCGCGGUGUUCUCAUGCUAAAUACAUGCCUUACUGUUCGCGCCCACCAGGCAAAUAGUCAUUCCAACAAGGGCUGGGAGAAAUUCACACAGAAGGUCAUUGAUCUCGUGGCUCGAGUUCGAACCAAUGGCGUGGUGUUCCUUGCCUGGGGCCGGCCUGCCGGGAUGAGAGUUGCAAAAAUCAACAAGGAAAAGCACUGCAUCUUGCAAUCCGUGCAUCCCAGUCCUCUCAGUGCGCAUCAUGGAUUUUUCCAAAAUGGACACUUCAAGAAAUGCAACAACUGGCUUGCUUCGCGUUAUGGAGAAGACCAAAUCAUUGAUUGGAGUUUAGUACCGAGUAAAAAGGCUGCAGUGGCUUGUAUUUCCGACAAGGAGAAUUCGAACGCCUCAGCCAACCAGGCGCUAAUUGAAUCCCAAUCUGCAAAGGAUGAGGUCAAAGCUGAGGCGGUUGAUGAGUUCGAUGACGAUGAUGCCAUUGAAGCUCUCGUGGAGGCCGAGGCUUGCUCGAGUCCGAAACGAUGCCGACAUCUGAUUCCCAAAUGGGAUCCUUCCAAUGACCCGCACCAACAGCUACCCCAAGAAAAUGGCUAUAGUAUCUCUCAGCCCAGACCCAGAGAAAGCCAGAGUCGUCAACCUCCCUCCUCACGCUUAGACCGAGCACGGACGGCAACUGAUAACCCAGCUUCAUCGUCCGUCCCUGCCACAGAGCGAUUUGUGGGAGACCUCAAUCCAGAGUCUUUGAUCCGGGAAAGAUUGAAUGAGCCAACGGGAAACCCUCUGCGGGAUCGCAUUGGGCUCUGGAUCAACUCUCCUGCCGCGCAAAAGGUGAAGCCGCGGAGGGCGAACAUAGGACAACCCACAGAAUUUACAUCCAAUGCGCCAAAAGCAGUCAACGAUGGACAGGAUACUAGGUCAUUGCUUCAGCAGCGAUUUUCUGCUGGGAUGCAGGCGUGCCAACAGUUACCCUCGUCCACGCGCGAGCCUUUGAUUGCUAUCUACUUCAGCAAGGUCAAUCACAUCAUACCAAUAGUGGAUCAAAGAUUCAUCCAGGAACAAGUCGAUGGCUCGGUAUCUGUAUUCCUUGAAAAAGCCAUGUGUCUCGCUGCCGCAAAGACCCGUGCAGCCAGUCCAUAUUUAACAUUGGUGCCGUACGGCCCACUUCUACGAUCGCGCCAAUUCUGUUCUGAGAUUUACAAAGAACUCGUUGUCGCCAUGGAUGCAGAGCUGGAGCCAGAUCGAUUGACGCGGAUCCGCAUUCUUGCUUUGAUGUCUUUGCACUGUGAGGGAUAUGAAGGUGCCGAGGCGGCAUCUCUACACCUUUGUCAAGCUAUACAUCAAGCUCAGACAGUAGGAUUGCACCUCGGACGCCCAAACCAAUCAUCCACAGAUUCCCUGACCAAGUUAUUCUGGUGUCUAUGGACAUUAGACAAGAUGCAUGCAAGUAUUGGCGGCCGGCCAGUUCUCUUUGCCGACCGUGAUAUCGGGGUUGUGAAACCUAACGUCAACGCUCAAAGAUCACGAGGUGCGUUCGAGGUAUGGCUCGCUAUUUCGGACUUACUGGCGACUGUGAUAUCUUUUUAUCGGCCCGCCGCGGAUCCUACCAGUGGUUGGGAAGAGGGAUUCCCUGCAUUUGAAGAUAUCGUAGGGGAAGACACACAGGAAGACCUAGACUUUUCUACUCUAGGUUUCUUGGAACUAUAUUAUCAUUCUGUUGCUAUCCUUUCCUGUCGGUAUAAACCAACCGAGAACAUCGACAGCAGCAGACUAUCAUCCGUCAGACAAGGACUAGCCGCCGUCCGCAUCCAUUCCCUCGUUGCAUCAGAAUGCGCAGAUGACCUCCCACCCCUCCCAAUCGUACCAUAUUCAAUCACCCUCUCAAUGGGUGUCUCGUAUCGCCAACUCCGCUCAAGCAAACUCAUCACGCACCUCGAUCGAGCAAAAGCUAGCCUCGAAGCAUGCUGCUCACUGUUAGAAAAUCUAAGCACAUACUGGUACUCGGCCGAAGCAAUGGCCCGACUCGGACAAAAAGCACUGCACCAGAUCCAAGGUCAGCCACAGACAUCUGGAGAUCGCCCCUCGCGUCCACGAAACGAGCCUCCCAAACAGGUUGACAGUGCAUCAGAAUUGGAGACAAUCCACGACGCACCUCACGAUGACUCCUUUCCAGCCAAGAGACAUUGCACUGACAGCCAUGGAGUAGUGCCACCGCCUGAAAUUCCACUAGAUACACUACCUGCACCACUGGACCUGGAUAUGCAGGACGGAUUCGCAGAUAUAGACACACUGUUUGGGGAUUUCCUAGAUAUAUCGCUGCCGACCAAUUUCUGGGACCCUAUUUUCAUGGAGGAACAAAAUCCGCAGUCAUAA